AGAGAGAAGGGAAGAGAAAAGACAGGGAAAGGAGGAGGUCUGCGUAAACUCCGCCUCCCGUCUCGGAUCCUCUCGCAGUCCUUAUUCACAGCCUCUCACGUUGAGGAUAGAGAGAGAAAGGGGAGAAACAAGAAGAAGGGCACGCGAAGAAGAAGAAGAAGAAGAAGAAGAAAAAGAAGAAGAAGAAGGGGAGCAGCAAAACGACCAUGGCAAUAUCCAAAACGUCUCAGCUUGAGAUAGUGUCCGAUCACAGCGCACCUCUACCAGCGUCGACCACUGCACGGAGCAUGCAGUCGCACAAUAGAACGGGCUCCAGAUGAAUGAGGAGCCGUACCUGGGCCGUGGACAAAAUGAGGGUCAUCUUCAUCCAAAACGCCGGUUUCGUCGCAGCUUUCUCGCCUUUUAGAUGUGAGUCGGUGAUGUUGGCAGCCUUUAGGACGAUAGAUAAUGUGAACGAGCCAGAAUUAACCCCAGCUAGAUCAUGCCUGUCAAUUGAGGAGUGAGGGGAUCUCAAUUUAUUUUAGUCAUUUUUUUUCUUUUUUUUUUUUUUUUUCUAUUAUUGGGAUAGAGCUUGCACGUAUAUUAUAGCCAACAUAUCAUCUUUAAAUCGAAAGUGUAUUGUCGGGAUGCUGCCUGCUGUCGACAUUUGAAUGCAUAUUUUAUUACAAAAUUGGCACUAGAAUUAAAUUGUAUCCCGUGAUAUAGGACUAUGUAUCAGGUAAUUAUAGACCGAUAAUGUCCUUUUAGACUAUUUGUGCUUAAUCCGUAGUAGAUUGAUUAUAUAGCGAUAAUAAACAUGAAUAGGUAGGAGGAGAAAUCUUUGUCCACUCUGAUCAAAGCCAAUUGAUCAACCAAGACAAUCUGGAAAUGUUAGUUUCCACAUGUAAUAAUAAUGACUAGUAGGCUACGCGUUAUUCCCUGUAAUUUAUUUAUUUAUUAUUACUAUUAUUAGACCUAUAAGUAUUAUAUUAUCAAUUAGUUUUAGGUAGGUAGUUUGAAAUAUUCAACAUUGGGAAGGUUGUUUGAACACAUCCCUAGUGAGAUGGAAACCGCUUAUUUAUCGCCCCACCGCGGGGCAACCCGUCUCGAGGCCCAGAAAGGCCAAACCUCUGCGGGCAAACCGGCGGGGGGUGACCUGUCCCCUCCACCUCCAUCUCCACCUCUACUUGCCGGCAACUCCCCCGAAGAGACCUGCCUGGCGAGCGGUGAUGGACGGAGAAACUCGGGCGUGAAGAAACACCACCACAAGCAUAACCUGAAACACCGCUACGAGCUGCUGGAGACGCUGGGAAGAGGCACCUAUGGCAAAGUCAAGAAGGCCAUUGAGCGGCACUCCGGCAGAGAGGUGGCCAUCAAGUCAAUUCGGAAGGAGAAGAUCAAGGAUGAGCAGGACAUGGUUCACAUCCGCCGAGAGAUUGAGAUCAUGUCAUCCCUCCGCCACCCACACAUCAUUUCUAUAUAUGAAGUGUUUGAGAACAAGGAUAAGAUCGUGAUUGUGAUGGAGUACGCCAGCAAGGGUGAGCUUUACGACUACAUCAGUGAGCGCCGGCGCCUGAGCGAGCGGGAAACGCGACACUUCUUCAGACAGAUAGUCUCCGCCGUGCACCACUGCCACAAGAAUGGAGUGGUGCACAGGGAUCUGAAACUGGAAAAUGUGCUACUGGAUGAAAACUGUAAUAUUAAGAUUGCUGACUUCGGGCUGUCCAACCUCUAUCAUAAGGACAAGCUGCUGCAAACCUUCUGUGGCAGUCCGCUCUAUGCUUCACCAGAGAUCGUCAAUGGUAGACCGUACCGUGGCCCAGAGGUGGAUAGCUGGGCUCUGGGGGUGCUGCUGUAUACCCUGGUCUAUGGGACCAUGCCAUUUGAUGGGGGAGACCACAAGAACCUCAUUCGCCAGAUUAGCAACGGCGAGUACAAAGAGCCCACUCAGUCUUCAGAUGCACGUGGACUGAUCCGCUGGAUGUUGAUGGUAAACCCUGAGCGACGGGCCACAGUGGAGGACAUAGCCAACCACUGGUGGGUAAACUGGGGCUGGAAGAACAGUGUGUGUGACUGCGAGACCCAACGUGACCAUGGAGGCUCGCCCAUGCUGGCCCGCUUCAUCGACUGGCAGAACCGCACUGAGCCACGUGGUUCUGGAGCCAAAGCUGCAGCCAUGCCCCAGCUACUCCGCCAGAGGCCCAAAAAGUCCAAGAAAGAAAAUGUCGAGGCAGGACAGGCCCACUGUGGAGCAGAGGACAAACCAGGUCUGAAGAGACCCAAGGGGAUUCUGAAGACCAGGGUUACUGAAGAGCAGCAGUCUGCCAGUCUGGAAGAGGUGGAGUUGGGCCAGGCCGCGCUGCCUCAACAAGCCGAAGGGGGAGAGGAAGCCUCGAGCCCAGAUCGAGAGGAAGAGGAGCCGACUCUGGGAGGAGGCUCGCCAGCUAAGAUGGUGCCCUCUCUGCCCAAGAAAGGCAUCUUGAAGAACAACCAACAGCGGGAAUCAGGGUACUACUCCUCGCCAGAGCGCAGCGAGUCCUCCGAGCUCUUAGGGGGUGCCAGCAUGUCUCUGCUAGCCACCUCUCCACCCAAGAGAGUGAUGGGGAGAAAGGGCAUCUUGAAGCGAAACGGCAAGUACUCCACAUACAGUGGGCCUCCCUCAGCAGCAGCAGUGGCUGGAGUACUUGGUGAGCCUCCUCCCUCAACUGACUCCGGUCUGUCCCGCAGUCAGAGUCGGCCCUCCAGCAUAGUCGGGGAGGACAGCUCUGGCCUGUCCCUGUCGCCCAGCUCCCUCAGUGGGGCUGAGUGGCAUCCCUCCACCCCUCACCUCCGCCCAAACAUCAGGGCCUGCGUCUCAGCCGAAAACCUGCUGCAGCUCGCCAACUUCAAGGGCUUCCAGGCAGCCCCAUCGCACCAGGGACCCAAGUUCAGCCGCGGCCCCAAAACGAAAGGCUCCCCGGGGGACAAUGGCAGCUUCUCCUUGCUGGGGGACCUGGAGGACAUGACUCAGGUGUACCAGCAAGCCCUGGACAUCAGCAGUAACCUCACCUAACAGAUGGGUGGCAAAGAGAGAAGAAGCAGAGGGAAUUGAACAUGACUGUGUUUGUUUGUGUGUAUGUAUGUGUGUGCACAGAUGUCUACGGGUGGCAUUAACGACCAGUGUGUUACUGGGAUACACCUUUUGGGAAGUUGUGGUUUUCCAAAUGGAGAUAAAAUCUCGAUGGAAAUGAUACGUCUAUGCACACAUAUACACACACAGAUGUACACUCUUAGGUGCACUUCUCUGACCAGAGGAAAUUUAGUUAGGGUUUUGUGAACAAGAGAGAGAAGAAGCUGGCACGAGAGAAUGCCACCCAGUCUGCUUUCUUGGCCCGCCCAUAGACUUUGCUGUGUUCAACAUGUUUACAUAUUCAGCAAGAAGGCAAGUUAGAAUCACAAACGCAGCAACCAGAAACUGGUUGGCUCUUCUUUUACACCACACAUUUUGAGUUUGAGUUUACAGAAGCACCUUAAUACUCACACAGAGCAUAUGCUUUUGUGAUCUUUACUUCCUUUAAAAAAAAAAGAGAAACAAACCAGGGUCUUGUUCCAAAAAUAACUGACAUUGCUGAUUAUUUAUUAAUAUUUUCGUAGCUUUUAGUUUUAAGUGCAAAACUGGUGGGUGCUGGCUGUUACUGGAAGAGUCUAAAGCUCCUUGUCUCCAUCUCUUUGUGUGGAACUGACAUAUAUAAUUAUGUUACUCAGUGAUGAGAAUCAUAUAUAUACUCAGCAUAUAUAAGUAUGUCUGCGCUUGUAAAACACGCAGGCAAAUAUACCUUCAUAAAAGCGUAUGUCCUAUAUAUGUGUAUGAUACUAGGGAAUAUGUAGGAAGUGCCUUUUUUGAUUCAUAAUAAAAAUUAUGUAUGUCAUUUCCUUAAAGUGGAGGGAAAAGCCAGGCCAACCUGUCACCAGUUGUGCUUUUUUUGAUGUUUGUUAAUGUGGAGAGACCCAGGGCCUUCAGCGCACAGCUGACUAGCUUUACUUGUUUUGGGGUUCAAAGGUCAAUCUCAGACAGUUGAGAUCAAACAGUCUCGUCUCCUCCCCCCCGCCCCCCCAGUCCUUCCACAAGUAGAAUCACACACAGAUAUGCCAGGAUCUACAGGCUGCCUCGAAAAGACCUCCUCUGUGUUCUUUGUCAGUUGUUUAAGUCCAUAGUUUGGUUUGUCAGCAGUUUAGGUGGCUUGGUUGAACACAGAUUUGCUGGCAGCACCAGAGGUCUGGAGGGGCUCGCCUAGUGGGACAUUUAGUGAAGGUAGAUGGUGCAGACACCACCUCACAGUCCUGGAAUGUGCCUGGCUCUCUUAACCAUGGUUGCUUCACAUUUCCGAGGCUACCUGAUAAAACAGGCUGUUCAGUGAGAGAUUCUGUGUUUUUGUUUGUUUGUUUUUUUGUUGUUGGGUUUUUUUUUUUUGUUGUUGCCAAAGACGGAGGUUUCCAUUGUCAGACGAGUUAAUAUUUUACCCAAAGCUCUUCAAAAGAGCUAAGUAAGCUGUUUUUUUUUUGCCUGCUGAUGACACAGCAAAUUCCUCAGACAAAAGGUUGGAGACGUGUUGGUGCUAGAGAUCUCUAUCAAACCCAGUCCAACUCAGCACAGGUGGGAUCUGCGGUCUGUGCUCAGCCCUCCAGCUGUGUAUACUAGUCCAUUAUGUCAAGCAAGCACAAUUAGCCAGCUAUUGUUUUCAUUUGACAGUAAGAGAGAGGGAGCGCAUAGAAAUUUAUAGCUAGAGGGAGAAGAAAAGUGUGUGAAAGAGUGACGCAUGGAAAGGUGCUGAGAUUAGAAAGGACUUUCCUGUCGGAAAGGUCAAGGAGUAAGAUUUAUUUUCUGAAGGAAUUGUAAUGUAGAAUGGUGAAAGUAAAGAAAGUGCUUAGAAAGAGUAGAUGGAAAGUUUUUUGUUUAAUGCCAAAGAUGUGAUGAAGUUUUCAUAUGUUUCAGGGGAAUGGAUAGGUCAGGGACUAAUGAGAGUCUUUUGGAUUUUUCUUUGACUAGGGAAUCCCCAUAGGUGAAUGAAAUCAUCCCCACACUGGUUUCCCUUCUCGUUUUUGUUUUAUUUUUCUUUUUGAGUUUUUAUUUGAAAUGCUGGAGGCUGUUGAUACAGCUUGUCUUGAGGGUCAGUCAGUGUGUGACUGUUCUGUAUGGCCUUAAAGUGUGUUCAACAGCAGCAAAAAGUAGGAGAUCGGUGACUGACAUCAUCCAAAAUAUCAAAUGAUGUGGACGGAAAACCAUGCAGUAGUGACCCAGAGGAAAUAGUUCACAUGUUGAAUGUUUUCCUCUCGUGUGAAGGAAAGGUCCUGGGUAUGGAUUCAAAUGAAAGACUUGUUGCGUAUUAUAUUGCAUUUUAUUGCCUUUUGUAUUGCAUUAUUGUCAACUGGAUUUACAGUGAGAAAAUUAUACUAUGUUAGUAUUUUGUUUUAUUAUGCUUCUGUUUUUGAUUUUCCAAAAUAUAAGAAACUUUAUAUUGCUUUAUGUGAUGGCAGAUAAUACUUCCUUCCUCGAAGUAUUAGAAUCUCUCUCCAGAAACAGACAAAACUGAUCUGAAUUUGGUGUUGUCGCAGUUUUCCCCUGUUUUAAUUCACCUAUGGGUGAGAAAAGCCCCAAACCAACUCUUAUUACUUAAUUGGAACAGGGCAAAAUGCAAGAAUAUGUACUAAUAUAUUAAUAGCUGACCCUAAGAGAAUUCAAUUGCAUUUCCACCUCUGCUAAAGCAGGGGAGGUCCACAAUUCUGGAACAGCAUCAGGAGAAAAAGGAAAUAAAGCAAUGGAAAGAAUCUGAUGAUGAAACUUUUACUCUGCCAAACUGGAAAUAAGUGGUGCAUAUCUGUUAGUUAGCAGAAAGUCUAAUCAUAGGAAAACUUGACUGGAUAUUGUUAUGACAAUAAUAAUAAAUUAGUAUUAUUAUGUUAUUUAAGUAUUAUUUUUCGUUACGGCUCAUUACUAUUAUUGGCUAUUGCCAUAGUUUUGGUUUUAUUUUAUUUUUUGUCUGUUGGUGAUCUUGGACUGCCAAGGGGGAUUAAGUCGUGUGCCUUUGGUAUCUUUUAUGACCUUUUUUUUUUGAUAAUGAAAAUUAUUAUCAAUGUGUUUUUAUACUUGUAUUUAUUGGUGAUCAAGCCAUUUAAUUUGUUGUCAAAAUACUCAUUUCAUGCUUUGGCCUGCUUCUGGACUGUGUGUUGUGUUCAGGACAUACUACACAGAAAGUAUAAUUUGUUUGUUCAAAAUAGAGUGGUAUCAUCUCAUUGUGAAGUCAGUGGCCAAGUGUGUAUUUUAACAAAUCAAUAAGAGUUGCUUAAAUCCUGUAAAAAUGUCUUAAUUCAUCCAUUUGGGUGUAUUUCUACUCAACACAAUGCCUCUGUAGUACUGUAUCAACUCAAAUAAAUGGAUCUUGAAAGUUA